UAUCGAACUGCGUUACCACUAGCAACCCAUAUUACCCAUACCAUUGCGUGUUACAACCACGUCCAGAACCUACUCAACUCUCGUUACGUGUGUACCGGAAAAAUGACUCCGGAGACGACUCCGAGUAGUUCCGGGAGUGACAAUCCCAAAAGACAGACGAAAAGUGCCGAAGAGAGACUCAUGGUGGCUGUGAGGAUACGACCGUUGAAAAAUGAAGAGCCUCAAAGAAGUCUUUAUGCAAUCAACAAAAAGAAUAUUGUGAUUGAGGAUAGUGAUAGGAGCGAUGUUCUAAGACAGAGGAGAGGGUAUGAUAAACAGUAUUCGUUUGAUGUUGUUUUUGGAGAGGAUUCGACACAAGAAGAGGUGUAUAAGGUUACGACAAGUAGUCUCGUCCAAGAUGUGCUCAAUGGUUAUAACGCUACCGUUUUCGCAUAUGGAGCAACCGGCGCUGGUAAAACCCAUACCAUGGUGGGUGACUCAUCCCACCCCGGCAUCAUGGUACGUGCCUUGAACGACAUCUUCGAAGCAGUGAAAGAGAAACAGGAUCAAUAUUCGGUUUCAAUGUCAUACUUGGAACUCUACAACGAACAAAUCCGCGACCUUUUGAACCCUUCUUCCGGUUACCUCGAGCUCCGCGAAGACUCCAGAGGGCGCAAUAUCCAAGUGGCCGGUCUCCAAGAAAUCUCGACGACAUCUACCGACGAGGUUAUGCAACUGCUGCAAAAGGGCAACAAGGCUCGAACCAUCGAACCAACGGCCAUGAAUAAAACAUCGUCACGUAGCCACGCCCUUUUGAGUGUAACUGUCAAACACUCAGUGCCUCUGGACAAAAAAGAACAUCUUCGAAUGAGGAUCAAACAGGGGAGACUUUUCAUGAUUGAUCUAGCCGGCUCUGAGCGAGCAAACAAAACAAAAAACCGCGGGAAACGCCUCCAAGAAGGCGCUCACAUUAACCGCUCACUCCUGGCACUUGGCAAUUGUAUAAAUGCGUUGAGUGGUGGGGCGAGAUAUGUGAAUUACCGGGAUUCGAAGCUUACUAGAUUGCUGAAGGAGGCGUUGAGUGGCAAUUGUCGGACUGUUAUGAUUGCACACGUGUCACCAAGUGCAACGCAAAAGGACGAGUCAAGAAAUACACUUAUUUAUGCCGAUAGAGCUAACAAUAUAUCGACCAAAGCGGAAAGAAAUGUUUUGGAUGUUUCAUAUCAUGUGACUCAAUACCAGACCGUUAUUAACGAACUGAGGGACGAAAUCUCCCGACUGCAACAGAAGAUGAACGAAGAGAGGCCGAGAUCGGCCGAUAUCAGACGAAUGAAUGCCGAGGAGAGGAGCAACGAAGUGAAGAAGUUGAGGGAGCAGAUUGUUGAAACUUUCAAGACUCAAAUGAAAUUGAGGAGGAAGUUGAUGGAGAUUGAUUCGCAUUUGUUGGGGUUGGGGAUGGAGGCUGAGAGACAACAUUUGAUUAUCUCCCAUUGGGAGUCAAGGAAUAAUAAGUUGUACAAAAAUAGUGUCAACGAAUCGAGAGCAAGAACGCAGCAGAGUAUCCGGAGACGGAAGUUGGUCAGUGUUGAUGGCUUCCGGUCGGCCGGGAAUGAACAAGAAGGAGAGGAGGACGGCGAUUUGGAGGUCGAAGGGGAAACUGCAAUCCAGCAAGCUUGGGGGGAGCUCGCUGAUAUAGAAAGGGAGCAAGAGAGGUGGUCAGAACUUCGGACUCACAUUGAACAAAAGUUGGAAGUUUGUCGGCAGAGAGGAGUUGCCUUGGAAGAUAAACUCCCUUCUUUGUUAUCCUCUGACGACGAGCGCGAAAUCCUGGCCCUCAUGUGCAGAGUACAUGAACUCGAAGCUGACAAGAUGGCGCUUCAAUCGGAACGUCUCGUUCGCCAACACGAACUCCGCCGAAGAGACCUCCUCAUACUUCGCUACGACCGGCAACGCCAACUGUGCGAAGAAAUAAUCACCAGACAGAGACAAUUGAUCGAAGAAGGUAAAAUCAAGUUACCACCGGACUUGCAAGAGCUGUAUCAGUUUUACCAACAGGAGAUCCACGCGGCGACUUACACUGACUUAACCUCCUCCACAGAGAAACUACCACCAAUCAGUAAAAUUUACAGUGAUCCGAUUUUUCGCAGGGGGGGUACAGGGGAAAGUGGGAGUGACGGGAGCGGGCCUUCCCCGCCUUCGUCGGCUGACUCAGAUGAUAUUCCAGCAUUGCCAACCCUAAAUGAGGAAACUAUUGAUAGGGUUAUGGGUCAAGCUGUGUCACGGCCGGGAAUACCAAUGAGGCUUCCGCCUUUACCGCCGAGUCCAACUUUGAGGCUACCGAGGACCUCGACGAGUCAUAUGCGACGGGCUAUAAGUGAGGAUAGGAUAAGUGAAGGGAUAUAAAAACGCACAUUUUUAUUGUAUUUGUAGAUUAAAUAAAGUUUUCGAAAAUAA